AUGGGCUUCCCUACAACCAUCCUGGCCAUCAUAACAGGCGCCGUGUCCGCCGCAGCCCUCUUCGUCUCGGGCUCUUCCAUCCCGAGGCUGCGCAAGUACGAAGACAAGGCCGAAAAGGCCGCCGAGUGGAGCAACAUAGCUGAGGAGCGGCUUUGGAACACGCGGUAUACAGUCGGCGCCGGCAUCGUCGCUGCACUCAUCUCCCUCCUAUCGGCCCUCAACCUCAUCUUCCUCGCCAAGUCAGGCUGGUCCGUCAGUCAGCCCAUAUGGGCCGCGAUUUUGGCGUUUGGGACCAGAUACGCCGCCGUUUACGUGCACGACUUUUGGGCCAAGAAGCACAAGAUACCAAUGAUGGAUUCAUAUAACGAAGCCAUAUCGGAACAGAAGAAUGUCAGCGGGAUGCUGGACAUGAUCGCUGCCGGCUGGCUCACUAUUGCACUCUUGAGACUGUUGACACUGUAA